AUGGCAGUCUUCCCAAACUCCUGUCUCCCUGGGUGUCUGCUCGUCUUCAUUCUCCUCCAGGUGCCCGAGCUGGAUUCUGCUCCCUUUGACGUGAUUGGACCCCCGGAGCCCAUCCUGGCGGUGGUGGGUGAAGAUGCCGAGUUGCCCUGUCACCUCUCCCCCAACGUGAGCGCCGAGCGCAUGGAGUUGCGGUGGUUCCGAGAGAAGGUCUCUCCCCCGGUGUUCGUGCGCCGGGAAGGGCGAGAGCAGCCCGGAGAGCAGAUGGCCGAGUACCGGGGGAGAGUGACGCUGGUGGAGGACCGCAUCGCGGAGGGGCGCGUCGCUGUGAGGAUACAGGACGUCAAGGCCUCUGAUGAUGGGGAGUACCGAUGCUUUUUCAGGCAGGACGAAAACUACGAAGAGGCCACCGUGCAUCUGAAGGUGGCUGCUCUGGGCUCUGAUCCUCACAUCGACAUGGAAGUUCAAGAGAGUGGAGAGAUCUGGCUGGAGUGUACCUCAGUGGGAUGGUACCCAGAGCCCCAGGUACAGUGGCGAACUCCCAAGGGAGAGGAGUUUGCAUCCGUGUCAGAGUCCAGGAACCCUGAUGAAGAAGGUCUGUUCACCGUGGUGGCUUCAGUGAUCAUCAGGGAUACCUCCAUGAAGAGUGUGUCCUGCUGUAUCCGGAACCUCCUUCUCGGCCAAGAGAAGGAAGUAGAGAUUUCUAUACCAGCUCCCUUCUUCCCAAGGCUGACUCCCUGGAUGGUGGCUGUGGCUGUGGUCUUGAUGGUGCUAGGACUUCUCACAAUUGGGUCCAUAUUUUUCACUUGGAGACUAUACAAGGAAAGAUCCAGACAGAAGAGGCAUGAAUUCAGCUCUAAAGAGAAACUCCUGGAAGAGCUCAAAUGGAAAAAGGCUACAUUGCAUGCAGUUGAUGUGACUCUGGAUCCAGAUACCGCCCACCCCCACCUCUUUCUGUAUGAGGAUUCAAAAUCUGUCCGACUGGAAGAUUCACGUCAGAAACUGCCUGAGAAACCAGAGAGAUUUGACUCCUGGCCUUGUGUGUUGGGUCGUGAGGCCUUCACCUCGGGGAGACAUUACUGGGAGGUAGAGGUGGGAGACAGGACUGACUGGGCAAUCGGGGUGUGUAGGGAGAACGUGGUGAAGAAAGGAUUUGACCCCAUGACUCCCGAGAAUGGGUUCUGGGCUGUGGAGCUGUAUGGAAACGGGUACUGGGCUCUCACCCCCCUGCGGACCCCUCUCCCAUUGGCGGGAUCCCCCCGCCGAGUUGGGAUCUUCCUGGACUGUGAGUCAGGAGACAUCUGCUUCUACAACAUGACUGAUGGAUCCCAUAUCUAUACUUUCUCUAAUGCCUCUUUCUCAGGCCCCCUCCGGCCCUUCUUCUGCCUGUGGUCCUGUGGUAAAAAGCCCCUGACCAUCUGCCCAAUCACUGAUGGGCUUGAGGGAGUCACAGUAGUUGCUGAUCCCAAGGACCUUUCUAAGGACAUCCCACUCUCGCCCAUAGGGCAGGACUCUGCCUCUGGGGAUACAGACACCCUCCAUUCUAAACUGAUCCCUCCCCAGCCCAGCCAACGGGUACCUUAA